UGGGGAGAGCAUGAUACAUAUCAAGAAAUUUUCAGGGGGGAUUUCGAGAAAUAUCGGUAAAACACAGAGGAGUACAAUAUAUCCACUCGUUUCCCUCAGGGUUCCCACCAGUACCGCCGUGGGCGUGGGCAUCGGCGUAGGCGUGGGCGCCUUGGCCGGCCUGUGGGCGUGGAGGCGCUACACCCCUAAGGGACCGCCCAACACGUGGGAGGAAGUGGGCGUGGUCUCCGAGCUGACGGUGUACCCCCUGAAGUCGGGGCGUGGAGUCGCCGUGGAGGAAGGCCGCGCCACGGAGUUCGGGCUCGCCAGCGGCCCCGCGAGGGACAGGUCAUUCAUGGUGAUGACGUCAGAGGGUACCUUCAUCACGUGCCGCCAGGUGGGCCGCCUCGCCACUGUGGUCAUCAAGAUCGAGGGUCAGAGAGUGACCCUUAGCGCCGACGGCGAGGGAGAGGUCACUUUCGAUCUCCAGGAGGUCAUGGGGGACGUGAAGGUCAACCAAGUCAGGAUCUGGAACCAACGGACGCGCGGUGUGGACUGCGGCGACGCGGUGGCGAACUGGCUCUCGCAACUUCUCUAUAAGGGCGAGACGCGCGUUCGACUCCUGUACCAGGGCGGGCUGGUCAGGGACCGGCCCGCCAGGAAGCCGGACUACUUUGAGUUCCCGCAGUUCAAGCCGUCGGACAGG